AUGAAUAUUGGUACCGGCCCUCCUCAACUGAGCGCACCGAUAGGCUCUAAUGUUUCGGCCGGUAUUACAGCGUAUACAGCAGGUGGGUCGCCGGAUGUUCCACCGGAUAUGGCACUACUACUUCAGGAACUAGAAGAAGAUUUCACCGUGAACAAGACUAUAGACCAAUGGACUUACAUCAAUAGAAGGGAGGAAAUCAUGCAACUGAUUAACAAACUACAUCAGCCACUGAAUAGUAAUAUUGCAAUGGACCCGUCGAAACUAGAGAAAGUCCUUUUGCCCCGCAAGAUAUCCGACACGUCAUCUUUACCAAAGCAAGCGUUGAUGGACAUGUUGAAACAGCGUGCCCAAAGUUUUCCCACGGAUCACGUUUUCAUGGUUCUAGAUGCAAAAGGAAAAGCGCAGCAAUCCAUUCUGUGGGAAAAGCUUUACCUCAAAUCAUUGAAGGUGGCCCAUGAGCUUAAGCAUAGAACUCAGUUCAAGUCUAACGACACAGUCGCCUUGCUCUACAAGGAAAAUGAGGUCUGUGAGUUUGCUGUUGCACUAUUUGGCUGCUUCAUGGCUAAUGUUACCGCAAUUCCUAUUCACAACGAUAUCUCUUUGACAGAGAUGUUUGAUAUAUUGACUUCAACAUCUUCCCUGUUAGUCUUGAUGUCUGAGUCUGUGUCUAAAGAACUAGAGAAACUCAGUACAGCAAGCAUGCCUCUUGUUUGGCCAUCAAAAAUCUCACGCUUGCGAACCACAGACUUGGGCUCUGCAAAAAAGUCCGAACAAGACGCGAUGUACGGCAGACACAAAAAAGAAAUUGGGGGUUCUAAAAAUGACUUAGCGUAUGUGGGGUUUUCCCGGUCUCCUGUUGGCGAAUUGAGGGGUAUUGCAGUAAGCCAUAGAACAAUUUCUCAUCAAAUGAACUGCUUGGACACGUCGUUGCUGAGUUUACCGGAAUCUGGGGGAAAUCUUGUACAAUCACCAAAGGUCCUAAGAAGAGAAAGAAAAGUUUUUCUAGCAACCAUGGACAUCCGUCUUUCAAUUGGACUCAUCAUAGGAAUCAUGUUUUCCAUGUAUUCAGGGAAUCUCUUGGUUUGGGCGCCUCCAAAGGUUAUGGAAGUGCAAGGAUUGUAUGCCAAUAUCAUAUCCAAGUUUCAUGCAAAUCUUCUUCUUGCCGAUUUCUUGGGACUAAAGCGUGUUACUUAUGAUUACCAAAAAGCCCCAAACGCAACGCGUUAUUUUUCGAAAACCCAAAGAGUUGAUUUCUCUUCGGUAAAAUGGGUACUUGUUGAUGCACUCACUGUUGAUGGGGAGUUUAUUGAGGUGUUAUCGGAGAGAUAUUUAAAACCUUUGGGAUGCCCACAGUCACGCAACGCAAUCAUUCCAAUGCUUACGUUGAGUGAAUACGGAGGAAUGGUGAUCUCGAUGCGGGACUGGUUGGGCCACUCGGAGAACUUAGGGAUUCAAAUCAAUAGCAAUGGAGGAGAUGACCUUUCUUCUGUCGUGAUCGACAAAAAGGCACUUUCGCAAAAUAAAGUCUGCAUCAUUGAAACAAAUCCUUUUGACUCGGACGAGCAAACCUCAGACACUUUGCGUGUCGAUGCUUUUGGAUAUCCACUUCCUGAUGCCACGCUUGCAGUCGUGAAUCCUGAACUGUCAUCAGUAGUACUCAAAGGUGAAUUGGGAGAAAUUUGGAUUGAUAGUCCAUGCUUAUCCGGAGGGUUCUAUGGGUUGAGAAAAGAAUCCAAGCUGGUCUUUCAUGCAAAGUGUCGCGGAGCGAACGGCACGUUAGACAUGGAAUUUCUCCGGACAGGUUUGCUUGGUUUCACAUACAAUGGAAAAGUCUAUAUACUUGGACUUUACGAAGAUCGGAUCAGGCAAAGGUUUAGUUGGAUGGACCACAAAUUGCAGAAAAAGCUUAAUUUAGAGGCUUCUGGGACCACUAUGAGGUACCAUUAUUCAUCGCAUCUCUUAACAACACUAGCGAAUGAGGUGAGGCAAGUGUAUGAUUGCACAAUAUUUGAUAUCUUUAUUGGCAAUGAAUACCUUCCUGUGGCGAUAGUUGAGGCCGAGAUUAUGAGGAAAGUUAUUGACGAUCCUGAAGCGAUCUCUAACAACAGCGCAAAAUCCAAGGAUAAAUUCGAUUACAGUGCUGUUCCCUUGAAUGAACCCACCCUCAAUGUCAUUGCUAAGAGGUGUUUUGAUGCCUUAAAGAAACGCCAUCUGUUGAGACUUUUUUGUGUUGUAGUUGUCGAUUGCGAUACGCUACCUAAAAUCAUGAGAAGUGGUGGUUUGGAGAUCGCAAACAUGCUUUGCAAAAAAAGAUUCUUGGAAGGAACCUUGCGAUCGGAAUUUAUCAAGUUUUUCAUCAAUCAAUCAGUCAGCAUGAUACCUCGUGGUGAAGAUGUCAUGGGCGGUAUAUGGUCACCCUUUGCUUCGCAGCUACGCAACUCAUCACUUCAGAAUUUUCCUCCACAAUUUUCUAGUAUGGACUACAGACCGAAUGUCAUUGACGCUACGAUGGGUGAUUCCCGUGCCGAAUCUAAAAGUAUCAUCGAUCUUUUAAAGCACCGCUUCGCUAAUUCGGGUGAUGCUAUCGCUUAUCAAAAUAUUGAUACUACUGGGAAAAGCGGGUCCAAACCCUUGUCAUGGAAAAAGUUGGAGCAAAGAAUUUAUGCUGCCUGUCAAUACAUCAUUGAAAAAACCACCUUGAGACCCGGUCAGUUUGUCAUCUUAAUGUACUCCUUGUCAGAAGAGUUCAAUAUCAUCCUUUACGCAUGUCUAAUGUUGGGGAUCAUUCCGAUUCCAAUGUUGCCAUUUGACUCAAAUAGAAUCGGGGAAGACUUCCCGGCUUAUGUGGGUGUUAUUAAAGACUUUGAUGUACAAGAGGUAUUCGUCAAUGAUGAUGUGGAGCGCUUCAUGAAAAAUGGGCCCGUUGCAGAUCCGCUCAAGAAGAUGAACAACCGAAGGGCGAAGCCGCUUCGAAUCAAGAACACAACCAAAUUAACAAAAAUAUCCAAUAUGGCGCACCUCAACUUGAAGAUUGCAAAGUAUCAGCCCAAUGCUAACUUGAGAGACGAUAUGCCUGCUUUGGUGUGGCUUAACUUCACUUCGGAUCACUAUCGUGUUGGUGCAACUUUAAGUCACAAGAACAUAAUCAACAUUUGCAAGGUCUUCAAGGAAACUUGUAAUCUUUCAUCUAGUUCUUCCAUUGUUGGUUGUGUUCGUCAUUCUUCAGGUAUCGGAUUUGUGCAGGCACUGUUGUUAGGAGUCUAUUUGGGAACAACUACUUAUCUCAGUUCGCCUGUAAAUUUUGCAGGAAAUCCUUUAUCUUUUUUUUUGUCCCUUGCAAAGUACAAGGUAAAGGAUGUAUUCGUUACCGAACAAAUGUUGAAAUAUGCAGUGGCCAAAUUCACUCCCAAAGGUUUCAACCUAUCGACAUUGAAAAACAUGAUGAUAAGCACUGAUGGGAGAGUUGAAAUUGAUUUGCUCCGAAAAAUUGCAAACAUAUUCCUGCCCGCCAAACUAAAAGCUGCUGCGAUGUCCGCAGUAUACAAUCAUUGUUUCAACCCCAUUAUAUCCACGAGGUCCUACAUGACUGUUGCUCCGGUUGAUCUCUUUUUGGACCCUGUCGCCUUGAGGCAGGGUUACAUCUCGAUAGUUAACCAAGCAGAAAACCCAAACGCCUUGAGAGUGCAAGAUUCGGGGAUGGUCCCCAUCUGCACAGAAAUUGCCAUUGUAAAUCCAGAAACCUGCAAUAUAUGUAGGGAAGGGGAAUUUGGCGAAAUUUGGGUUCUUUCCGAAGCGAAUCUCACUUCAUUCACGAACGGACCAAAGGGCCCUGUUGACAAUUUUAUCAAACGACAAUUUGCGGGAAAAAUUGCGGGAGACGAGACAGACCGAACUUAUCUUCGAACAGGUGACCUCGGGUUUUUGCAUCAUAUCUCAAUCACAAAGAAUCACUCAAAUGGAAAGGAUCAGGAAGUCACAUCAUUCCAACCUCUUUUUGUUUUAGGUAAAAUUUCAGAUACGUUUGAGGUAAUGGGGCUUCAUCAUUUUCCUCUCGAUAUAGAGAGUACUAUAGAGGCUUGUCACCCUGAAAUUUACAAAAAUGGCUCUUGCAUAUUCAAGUGUUCUGAUUACACGAUUGUGGUAUGCGAGGCAAGGAGGUCUAAAAGUCUUGCUGCUCUCGUACCUAUUAUUGUUAACACCGUUUUCAGCAAGCAUCAUUUAAUUGUUGACAUUGUCGCUUUCAUCAAGAGAGGGGAGUUUCCUAUCUCAAGAUUGGGAACUAAACAACGCGCAAGAAUUGUUGAUGCCUGGGUGCAAGGCAUAAUUCCACUUUCAGUUCUGUACGGAGUGAACUACGGCGAGAAUUCUAUGAUCAGACUUGUCAAGCAGAUUGAUCAAGUGACGAAGAAUAAACCGUUUAUGGAGCUUAAAAAUCCCGCACAGGACUACUAUGAUGCCACACCUGAAAGCGUAUUCGAAAACGCUGGUCAGACACUCAAUCUCAAUACCGGGAAGGAAGCCCAUAAACACAAAGCAACGUUUGACAUGGGGAGCUUGGAUAGCGACGAUUUCCGUGCAUAA